AUGAACUGGUGGGGAAAGCGCCGCUCCAGCGCGGGCUCGUCUGGGGGGGGCCCCGCGGGGGGCCCCCCCAGCAGCAGCCUGGGGGGCCCCCUGGGGGGCCCCCCCGGGGGCCCCCAGCUGGGGGGCCCCCCGGGGGCCCCCGGCGAAAUAGAUUUGGCCUUUAUGGCGGAACUAAAAGGGGCCACAGAACAGAGUUUGAGAAGAACUCAAGAAGAAUGCAAAAGACUAGCAGCAGAUCUGCAAGAUGCUAUAAAUGAACGCACAGAUACACUUCUGCAGCAGCAGCAGCAACUGCAGCAGAUGAAGCAGCAGCAGCAAGAGCAGCAGCAACAGCAGCAGCAACAGCAACAGCAGCCACAGCAGCCCACCGUAGCAGCAACAGCAGCGUCAGGUUACCCUCAUCAUCCUCAUCCGCAGCACCAGCACCCCUCUCCCUUUCUUGCUCCUGCUGCUGCUGCUGCUGCUCUGUGUGCAGCAAAAGCUGCUUUAAUUAGCCGCUUCAACUACUUGUGGCUUUCUCCAGAAGCAAAAGAAAACGUGCUGCUGUCUCUAGCAGCAGAUGUGCCGCGGCGGCUGUCUCCUUUGGAUGAAGACCUGGAGGACACCCCAGCAGCAGCAGCACCAGCAGCAGCAGAUGCAGCAGCAGCAGCAGCUAAUACAUUCAGGGCUGCUAUGCUGGGACCCUGCGUCCCCUGGCUUGGACUGGUGCAGAAAGAGAGCCGGUUUGCAUGCAUUCAACUCAAGCUCCCAGGUGCGUCAAGCUGUGCCACAUUGACUAUCUGGGACAGAGCCAAAGGGCUUCUCCUCUCUUCUUGGGCACUGUCAACAGGCGCCACUUCCCAGCAGAGAGACUUUCUUUGGGAGCCCCGGAUAAGGAACGUCAAGACUCCAGAAGCAGCAGCAGCAGCAGCAGCAGUAGCAGCAGCAGCAGCAGUAGCACCCCCCGAACCCAUAGGAGCUCAGGCGUCACCCGACGCACGUGAAAUUACGUCUAUAGCAGCAGCAGCAGCACUAGCAGCAACAGCACUUGCAGCAGCACUAGCAGCGGCAGCAGAAGCAGCAGUAGCAGCAGUAGCAGCAAUAGCAGAACUAUCAGAAGCAGCAGCAACAGCAGCUCAGCAGCAGCAGCAACAGCAGCAGCCACAGCAGGGCCCCUGCUGGAGAGCCACCUGGGUCCCCCACGCAGGCCCCAAGGGGCCCCAAGGGAGGCCCCAACGGGCCCCCAAUUUAUUUCAACUUUGGCUUAUUUGA